UGGUCACUAAGUGCAUCGAACGGCCGAUCGGCUCUGAAUUGCAUUAAAAGGACGCUGUUGGAGACGCCCCCGGGUUCGGACUGCUUUGCGGUGUAUGUUGCCUGUCUGGUCGUGUGUCGCGAGCCAGUCUUGGAGACGCUUCUUCACUUUCUUGCUGGUCCAUGCAGUCUAUAUCAUCAUCAUCAUCAUCACAGGCUUGUUAAAGAGCUGCUAAUGAGUAGCAGUGGUCUUUGCUACCUCCGGUCAUGUUUGUCUGCGUUAAGAGAGUGAACUUAAAUUUAAAGUUAGGUCUCAGAGCCUGCAGAAAGUUAGACCGCUCAGUCCGCCAUUUUAACACGCCCCCCAAAUGUGGGAGUCCUUCCUAUAUUGUAGUUUCUUUGGAUAGACGACUAGCUACGUCAUCAAACAUUGACGGAAUAAGGUCCGUCACGUGCUGUAGAAAGCUCGAGACCAACAUGGCAGCCUGCAUGAAGAUGCUCGACGCUGCGAGACAACUGCAAAGACAACUCCUUGUUAUGAAAUCAAACUGGCCUGCAGUGUUCAGGGGCGGCGGUAUUAGCUCUCAUCUGAGCGACUUGUCAGCCCUGAGCCGGCUCCAGCCCUCACGGUUCUAUACCAAUGCCCGGACUUCUCAUAAUACCUGUACCAACUGCUUCUCCAGCAGUCAAGUCAACGCAGCAAUGACAGCUGGCUCUAGGGUGACCGUCAGAUCUCACCGGUGGAUGCGGGUCGGAGCCGUUUUCGACGGCCAAACCGAUUUCCUCACACCGACCUCUCGACCUUACAUGAUUCUGAGCAGGACGUUCGGCAAUCCGGCCGGCGGUGCAGGCUUCUCUGGGGAGGACGGUGGGGAAAGCCCAGGCUCUGGAGGAGAAGAGGCUGGGGGGAAUGGGGGAGGUCCGUACAGUGGACCUCAAAUGACGGCUCUCACUCCCAUGAUGGUCCCGGAGGUGUUUCCCAAUGUGCCGCUGAUUGCUGUGAGCAGGAACCCAGUCUUCCCCCGCUUCAUCAAGAUUAUAGAGGUAAAGAACAAAGCAUUAAUGGAGCUGUUGAGGAGGAAAGUUCGUCUGGCUCAGCCGUAUGCUGGAGUCUUCCUUAAGAAAGAUGAUAACAAUGAGUCAGAUGUAGUGGAGUCCCUAGAUGCCAUCUACUCUACAGGAACCUUUGUUCAGAUUCAUGAGAUGCAGGACCUGGGAGACAAACUGAGGAUGAUCGUCAUGGGACAUCGCAGGAUCCGCAUCACAAGACAACUGGAUGUGGAUUUAGAGGAGGCAGCAGUAUCCCCUGAUACAGAGUCUGAGUCAGAAUCCCAACCCAAGCCUACACCAAGACGCAAAUCCAAACGUGAACGGAAGGACCAAAGAGGUUCUCUGGCAGAGCAGCUGGAGGACAAGAUUUCAAAAUCAGAUCUGAGCUCCAGUCUUCAGCCUCUGCCCUCCUCUGACAUUCUGAUGGUCGAAGUAGACAACAUUCAGCAUGAACAGUUCACAGUCACUGAGGAGGUCAAGGCAUUGACAGCAGAGAUAGUAAAGACCAUCAGGGACAUCAUCGCACUCAAUCCCCUCUACAGAGAGUCAGUCCUCCAGAUGAUGCAGGCUGGUCAGAGAGUGGUUGAUAAUCCCAUCUACCUUAGCGACAUGGGAGCAGCUCUGACAGGAGCAGAGUCACAUGAACUACAGGAUAUCCUGGAGGAGAUCAAUAUCCCGAAGCGUCUGUACAAAGCUCUGUCUCUGCUAAAGAAGGAGUAUGAGCUGAGUAAACUGCAGCAGCGACUGGGCCGAGAGGUGGAAGAGAAGAUCAAGCAGACUCAUAGGAAGUACCUGCUACAGGAGCAGCUCAAGAUCAUAAAGAAGGAGCUGGGUCUGGAAAAAGAGGACAAAGAAGCUAUCGAGGAGAAGUUCAGAGAGAGACUCAAAGAGAAGACUGUCCCUCAGCCCAUAAUGGACGUCAUCAACGAAGAACUCAACAAACUGGGACUGCUGGACAACCAUUCCUCUGAAUUCAAUGUAACCCGAAACUACCUGGACUGGCUGACCAGCAUUCCCUGGGGUACCAACAGUGAAGAGAAUUUAUCAUUGGAGAGAGCCAAAGAGGUCCUGGAAGAAGACCAUUAUGGAAUGGAUGAUGUUAAAAAACGCAUCUUGGAAUUCAUAGCAGUGAGCCAGCUGCGUGGUUCCACUCAGGGGAAAAUCCUAUGUUUCUAUGGUCCUCCAGGUGUGGGAAAGACCUCCAUUGCCCGCUCCAUAGCCAGAGCCCUUAAUAGACAGUACUUCAGGUUCAGUGUGGGAGGCAUGACAGAUGUGGCUGAGAUUAAGGGACACAGGAGGACAUAUGUUGGAGCGAUGCCAGGAAAGAUUAUCCAAUGCCUGAAGAAGACUAAGACAGAAAACCCUCUGGUGCUAAUAGAUGAGGUGGAUAAGAUUGGUCGUGGUUAUCAGGGCGAUCCAUCCUCUGCAUUGCUGGAACUUCUGGAUCCUGAACAGAAUGCCAACUUCCUUGACCACUACCUUGAUGUUCCUGUAGAUCUGUCAAAGGUUUUGUUUAUCUGCACGGCAAAUGUGAUUGACACCAUCCCAGAGCCACUCAGAGACAGGAUGGAGAUGAUCAAUGUGUCUGGAUAUGUGGCUCAGGAGAAACUGGCUAUUGCUGAGCGUUACCUGGUCCCUCAGCUACGCUCUCUGUGUGGUCUGACUGAGGAGAAGGCCACAAUCUCAUCUGAUGCCCUCAGUCUUCUCAUCAGGCAGUACUGCAGGGAAUCUGGAGUGAGGAACCUGCAGAAGCAAGUUGAAAAGGUUUUUCGUAAGGUGGCUUUUUCUCUUGUCAGUGGUGACCAAACCACAGUGACUGUUACUCCUGACAACCUGCAGGAUUACGUGGGUAAACCCAUUUUUACAGUGGAUCGAAUGUACACUGUCACCCCACCAGGAGUGGUUAUGGGGCUAGCAUGGACUGCUCUCGGAGGCUCAACACUGUUUAUUGAGACUUCCUUGCGGCGUCCUUCUGGAGGAGCAGACGCUAAAGGAGAGGGGUCACUGGAGGUUACAGGUCAGCUGGGUGAUGUGAUGAGGGAAAGUGCAAAGAUUGCUUCAACAUUUGCCAGAGCCUUUCUGAUGACCCAUGAUCCAGAAAAUCAUUUCCUAGUCAACUCCCAUCUGCACUUGCAUGUCCCUGAGGGGGCAACUCCCAAGGAUGGACCAAGCGCUGGCUGCACCAUUGUCACAGCACUGUUGUCCCUGGCAAUCAACCAGCCCGUGCGUCAGAAUGUAGCCAUGACUGGCGAGGUGUCACUGACUGGCAAAAUAUUGCCAGUAGGUGGAAUCAAAGAGAAAACUAUAGCUGCUCGUCGUGCUGGUGUGACUUGCAUCAUCUUGCCAGCUGAGAACAAGAAGGACUUCUCUGACCUGCCGGACUACAUUACUGAAGGCCUGGAGAUCCACUUUGUGGAUCACUACAGCCAGAUAUACCCAAUUGUCUUUCCACAGAACCAGUCAUAACCUACUUUCAGCUGCAGCGCUAAGGCAAACUAGAACUAGGAUUCCUUUCCAUGGCACUUCAGAACCCAGAUCCUAGUGCCAGUCACUAGUUUUUGACUGAUUCUUGUAAAUAUGCUGUUUGGACUCGGCACUAUCUAUCGGCACUAUCUGUUCCAAAAUCAUUGGAACAGCUGGUUUGGUGGUCCCCCACAUAUAAUUUAGCCAUCGCAGGACACCCAAUGUAGGAAGACCAUGAGGUGACAGAGGACAGCUCUGGACUGAAUCUGCGCCGAAGAUGGAUAUAUACAGUGGCUGUGAUGGUGAUAAUGCCAGGCAGCUUCUUUAGCCACAGUUCACAUUGUACAGGACUGUGGAUGGACUCUUAAUAGAUUUCUUUUUCUAAUAUUUUAUAUUAGUAAUGACCAGAUGUGAUGACGAUAAAAUAAAUAAUGACAACUCUGUUGGCUGUUGUUAUCUGCUAUAACCACCCUGUGACUCUGUGAAUGGAUUUGAGAUUUGAAUCAGUUUAUACAAUGUUGCUGGUUAUUUUCAUCUGUAAAAAAAAAAAAAAAUCAGUAUCACAAA